AUGGCCCCCGCCGAGAUCCUCAGCGGCAAGAUAGUCUCUGCACAAGUGAGAGACAGACUAAAGCAGCAAGUCACUGAGAUGAAAGAGAAAUUUCCAGGCUUCAGACCAGGACUUGCAAUUUUGCAGGUUGGCGAUCGGGAUGAUUCGAACCUCUACAUUAAUAUGAAGCUGAAGGCUGCUGCCGAGAUUGGGAUCAGUGCCAAUCACAUAAAACUGCCAAACACAGCAACAGAAGCCGAUGUCCUCAAGUGCAUUGCCUCUUUGAAUGGAGACCCAGCUGUUCAUGGCUUUAUAGUGCAGCUGCCACUUGACUCUGACAAACCCAUCAAUACAGAAAAAAUAACCAAUGCUGUUGCACCUGAGAAGGAUGUAGAUGGCUUAAGUAGCAUCAAUGCUGGGAAACUCUCUAGAGGGGACCUUGGAGACUGCUUUAUUCCCUGUACACCAAAAGGAUGCAUGGAGCUUAUCAGGCAGACAGGUGUCCAGGUUGCAGGGAAAAGAGCUGUAGUGGUUGGUCGCAGUAAGAUCGUUGGUGCUCCCAUGCAUGACCUGCUACUCUGGAAUCAUGCAACAGUAACCACUUGCCAUUCAAAGACCUCGACACUGGCUGAGGAGGUUGCUAAAGCUGAUAUCCUGGUGGUUGCAGCCGGUAAAGCUGAAAUGGUUAAAGGUGAAUGGAUCAAACCUGGUGCAAUUGUAAUAGACUGUGGAAUUAACCAUGUGCCAGACAGCACAAAGGCCAGUGGAAAAAGAGUUGUAGGAGAUGUGGCAUAUAGUACAGCAAAGGAAAAAGCUUCCUUCAUCACCCCAGUUCCUGGUGGCGUUGGACCUAUGACUGUGGCCAUGUUGAUGCAGAGCACAGUGGAGAGUGCACAGCGUUUUCUGGAGAAGUUUCAGCCUGGAAAAUGGAAUAUCCAAUAUAACCAGCUCACCCUAAAGAUGCCUGUUCCAAGCGAUAUUGAAAUUUCACAGUCUUCCGUACCCAAGCCCAUUGAUCAGAUUGCAAAAGAAGUUGGCUUACUCCCUGAUGAGCUGGAACUCUAUGGCCAAACUAAAGCCAAGGUUCAUCUGUCAGCUCUGAAUCGGCUGAAGAACCAACCAGAUGGCAAAUAUGUUGUUGUUACUGGGAUAACUCCUACUCCUCUGGGAGAGGGAAAAAGCACCACCACUGUUGGUCUUGUUCAGGCUUUAGGAGCACACCUUCACCAGAAUGUCUUUGCCUGUGUUCGGCAGCCUUCUCAGGGGCCAACCUUUGGUAUAAAAGGUGGAGCUGCAGGUGGUGGCUAUUGUCAAAUUAUCCCCAUGGAAGAGUUUAACCUUCACCUCACUGGUGAUAUCCAUGCCAUCACUGCAGCCAACAACCUGGUUGCUGCUGCCAUUGAUGCACGUAUGUUCCAUGAGCUAACUCAGACUGAUGAGGCUCUCUACACCCGUUUGGUGCCUUCUGUCAGCGGUGUUAGGAAGUUCUCAGACAUUCAGAUCCGAAGACUGCAGAAGUUGGGCAUUAACAAAAUGGAUCCUACAGCUUUGACAAAGGAAGAAGUAAAACUAUUUGUGAGAUUGGACAUUGACCCAGACACCAUAACAUGGCAAAGAGUGGUGGAUACAAAUGACAGGUUCCUUAGGAAAAUCACUAUCGGACAGUCUCCAACAGAAAAAGGCUUCACUCGAACGGCUCAUUUUGAUAUCACAGUGAGCAGUGAAAUCAUGGCAAUUCUUGCGCUCUCUGAUGGGCUGGAGGACAUGAAAAAGAGACUGGGCAGAAUGGUAGUAGCAUCCAGCAAGAGAGGAGAACCAGUUACAGCAGAUGACCUUGGAGUGACUGGUGCUCUGGCAGUCUUGAUGAAAGAUGCUAUUAAGCCAAACCUUAUGCAGACACUGGAGGGGACACCAGUGUUUGUUCAUGCUGGACCUUUUGCCAAUAUUGCACACGGGAAUUCUUCAGUAUUGGCAGACAAAAUAGCACUGAAGCUUGUGGGUAAAGAGGGUUUUGUUGUUACAGAAGCAGGAUUUGGUGCAGACAUAGGCAUGGAGAAAUUCUUCAAUAUUAAGUGCCACUAUUCUGGUCUCCGGCCUCACGUGGUGGUGUUGGUUGCUACUGUCAGAGCACUGAAGAUGCAUGGAGGAGGCCCUGCAGUCACUGCUGGGGUACCUUUGCCAAGGGAGUAUGUGGAAGAGAAUCUUCAACUGUUGGCAAAAGGCUGUAGUAACCUGAACAAGCAAAUCCAAAAUGCACAGAUGUUUGGUGUUCCAGUAGUGGUGGCCGUCAAUGCUUUCAAAACGGAUACAAAGGCAGAACUGGCCCUUGUAGUGAAACUGGCAAAGGAGGCGGGAGCAUUCGAUGCUGUGGAGUGCACUCACUGGGCAGAGGGAGGUAAAGGAGCACUUGCACUGGCCCGAGCUGUUCAGAGAGCAUCACAGACACCCAGCAACUUCAGGUUCCUCUAUAACGUAGAGCUCCCUGUUAUAGAUAAGAUCAGACUUAUUGCACAGAAGAUCUACGGGGCAAGUGACAUUGAGCUACUUCCGGAAGCACAGCAGAAAAUUGCCUUGUACACUAAGCAAGGAUUUGGAAACCUGCCAAUCUGCAUGGCUAAAACUCACCUGUCAUUGUCUCAUGACCCAGAACAAAAAGGAGCACCCACGGGCUUUAUUCUGCCAAUCCGAGAUGUUCGAGCCAGCGUUGGUGCUGGAUUCCUGUAUCCACUCGUAGGAACGAUAAGCACUAUGCCAGGACUUCCUACAAGACCCUGUUUCUAUGAUAUAGAUUUGGAUCCAGUGUCAGGAGAAAUAAAUGGGCUCUUUUGAAAGGAAUUACUAACUGAAGCUCCCAGAGAAACACCUGAUGAGUCAUGUAAACAGAACUAUGCUCUGAUCUUUUUAAGUCAAAACAAGAUAUGACUGAGAAUAUAGUGCAAGAAGUGACUGGAACAAG